GAUUUUGAUUUUGAGGUGGUUUAUAAAAAAGGUAUUUAUGUUGGACAUGUAGAUUAUUUAAGCAGGAAUCCUACUACGUCCACUACCUCAGAGUUAAAAUUCUUAGAAGCACCUCUUAAUAUUAAUUUGUUAACUGAACAGACUUCUUGGUUAGAGGUAGCUCAGCAUAGAGAUCCCGAAACACUAAGUUUAAUUGAUAGAGUACAAAACGGUGAUAUUGGUAAUGAUCAAUACGUAUUUAAAAAUAACCUGUUAUACUACAAGUGUCCAAUAGACCACAAACUGAAAGCAUAUGUACCUAAAGGAAGUCGGCUCGGUAUCCUACGUUUGUACCAUGAUGAGAACUGUCACGUUGGUCAAGAAAAGACUUUACAAAAGAUAAAAGAGUCUUUUUGGUUUCCUGGUAUCAACAGAUUCGUUAAAAAAUAUAUUUCUCAUUGCCUUGUAUGUGUUAAAGGAAAGUUUCACAGUGGUCCACAUCAAGGUUUAUUACAUCCCAUUGAUAAAACGCCAAUACCAUUUCACACAGUACACCUAGACUGCACAGGCCCCUUUACUCAGUCCAAUGAAGGUUAUAAGCACAUUAUAAUAAUCAUUGACGCCUUCACAAAAUAUUGUAUUCUUAAACCUCUUAAAACUAUGAGUGGUGAGGAAAUGUCUAUAGUUAUUCGCGAUGCUUUAACCAUGUUUGGAGUCCCAUCUAAAGUUAUUACAGAUAGAGCCACAAAUUUCUCCAAUGUUACCCUAACUGACUUGUUCCGAGAGUGGAAUGUUGAUCACCAUAUGAUUUCAACUGGUACGCCGCGUAGUAAUGGCCAAGUCGAACGAUAUGUUGCUACAAUUAUAAAUAUGCUAACUACUAUGUGCAAUAAUGAGACAGAAUGGCCGAACUCAUUACAUAAAGUUCAGCAGACACUUAAUACAACCAUACAAAAAACAACAGGCUUUUCACCUUUAAGAUUAUUAAUUGGUCGUGAUUCAAACAUCCCCAGCAUACAGGCUCGACUAGCUGAUAUAGCAGAACCUGGUCCGUCUAAUGUAAACCAAAUAAUUGAUGUUAGGGCUGAUAGGGUUCUGGCAUAUAACAAAAUGAAAUCGGCAGCAGACAAAUACAAAACACGAUUCGAUACCACAAGACGAGAUAAUAUAAAUUAUGAAAUUGGAGACAUUGUUUAUGUUUGUCAAGAUCAUCGCCGCCACAGCAAACUUAGCCCCAAGUUCAAAGGACCUUAUGAAAUUUUGGAAAUACUCCAAAAUGACAGAUACCGAUUACGUGGACAAGGUCGAUUACACAACAUCGUUAUUGCAAAGGAAAAACUGCGAAAGUGGCAAGGCGAAUGGUCUGAAGAGAACCAAACAGCCGAACAAGCUUUAACAGACAAUGACUCAUCUGAUGAAGAAUAGUUUAAGAUUACUUCGAGAGCGAAGUAAUUUUCAGAAUGGCCGUGUGAGAUGUUCCCAAAUUAUUAAUCAAAAUAAGUGAUAAGUACGUAUGAAAAUAUGGUGGUUAAUUACUUUUAAAUGUGAUUAAAAAUAUCCGAGAAUUAUUUGUACAAAUUGUGUCUAUUGUAUUUUAAAAAUUAAGUGUCAGUGUUACGUCACAAUCGGUAGUCAGAGGUGGGGUGGAGUGACGAGGUUGUUUACUACUUGAUAUAAAAGAGGCGGAGCGGCCGGUGC